UCGCAGCCAACACCACCAUGGCCGGACCGGACGCGCAGGCCUCGCCUGCUGGCGGGGCAUCAACCGGGUCUGGAAAGCCCCCCAGGCCCCCGAAUCCCGUCUGGCGGAUGAUGGGUCUGCCCAACUUCCGCUUCAAGCUACCGUCGCGCAAUUGGAUGAUCUUCCUUUCCAUUACUGGAUCAUGGACUGCCGCCGUCAUGUACGAUCGCCGCCAGAAAAGGCGCAUACAAAAGAAGUGGGCAACCGUCGUAGAACACAUUGCCCACGAACCGCUCGACCCACAUCAGCUGCCCCGCAAGCUCACUAUAUACCUCUCUGCGCCGCCGAUGGAUGGCCUGGUCCCCGCUCGCGAUCACUUCCAUCAAUAUGUCAAGCCUAUUCUUGUCGCAGCAGCGCUAGAUUGGGAUGCGAUUGAGGGACGAAGAGAAGGAGAUGUCAGAGCCGGUUUGGCAGAGCGGAUACGGAAGCUGAGAAGGAGGAAGGGAGAGGCGACUGCUGAGCCGAUGGAGCUAGGUCUCGCAGAGGAGCUGGAAGGCCUCAGGCAAAGAGCAGGCGUUAGUGAGUGGGGUGGCCCAGGCGGGGAUAUCAUCAUCGGAAGACACACAUGGAAAGAAUAUGUUCGAGGGUUACAUGAGGGCUGGCUUGGUCCGUUGGAUGCUCCGCCAGUGCCAGAACCAGCGAGUGAAUCUAUCAGCGCUGGUACUACGCCUGCUCCAGCCGAUGACGCAUCUCCUACCGCAACCGCCGACUCCCCCAAACCAGAAGACGCGGAAAAGCCAAAGGAAGAGGAAGAGAAGAAGCCCAAAAAGAACAAACAGCCGCCGCCUUUUAUUGCGGCAUCCGAAUACCAGAACGCCAUACUCUCACCGAAUUGCCCACAAGCUCUCGGUCCUUCGGCAGUCAUUCCGUUCCCACAUCUUCUCGGCUUCUUCAACUUUCCAAUUCGCAUGUACCGCUUUUUGAACCAGCGAAAGGUGGCGGAUGCUAUUGGCAGAGAGACUGCAGCUGCAGUUCUCGGUGCGUACCGACCUUUUGAGACUACAAGUGAAGGAUCAGAAAUGGACGAGCAGUCAGAACAGCAACAGUUGCUUGCCCACGAAGAGCCAGACUGGCAUAAGAGUGCGCGAAAGCGUGAAGAAGGCGAGACAAAGGAGAGGGUCUGGCUAGACGAAAUGGUGCUUGACCCGCGGAUCGCGGGGCGCAUGAGACGCUUCGCAUUGGACGCCGAGGUUGAAGAGCGCGCGAAGACGAUGCCCAUCCCAGCAGGAAAGUCUCUGCUCAGCUCUCUUUGGACAAAGGAAAAGCCCAAGGGUGCUUGGGAAGGACUGAGUGACGAGUAAGCGCUCGUAGAUUCCACCCUCUCCCCUUCUAUCUUGCUUUGUAUAGCAGUGGGAUCUGUAAAAGUAGACCUGUACCAUGAUAGCAUCAGCGGCGUGAAUGAU